AUGGGCGCCCGUCAACUCCGCCCAGCCAAUGUCUGGCGCACAAAGAACGACCUGCUGAAAACCAACCUGCUCAGCACCGACAAGGGCGCAGUCCGACCUCCUUGGUACGAUGUCCUUCGCUCGACACCUCCGUCCGAGACACUUGUCCGCACAGUCCGUCCCCGUCAUGUGGUCGACAGCACGAGCAACAAGCAAUACUACAAACCCCAAGAGAUUGUGUAUCCCGAGGACGCGCUACGAAAGCUAUUCUACAAAGACCACCCAUGGGAGCUAGCACGGCCAAGGAUGAUCGUCGAGUUGGACGGCAAGGACUAUCAAAAGACGGAUUGGAGCAAAGGCUUACGGCAGCCUGGUAUUCCGCUGUCGGGAGAGUCUGUCGUUCAGCGAAUGCUAUAUCGAAUCGAUGUGGAGGGGAUGACCCAGGAAAAGGCCUAUGAUGUGACGAGGCGGGAAUUCUACCGUCUGCGCCAAGAGGAAGAGAUUGCGCGCCGUGUUACCCUCGAGGAAGCGCGGCACGUCGGUGCGUACUUUGGUCUUGACAGGAGAGACAUUGCCAUGAAGCUGGAAAACAACGAGUUUGAGAACUGGAAGGUCUGGGCUGCCAAGCAGGCCGAGCUCAGGGCGAGUUCCAAGGACGACAUGUUGGAGGAUAACGGGAUGGAAGAUGCGGACGAUCGCGGAGCGCCAGAGUUGGAGGCGGAUGCUGCCGUGGACACCCCAGCGCAGGUGCCCCAAGGCGCGUAG